CUCACUCUUAAAGACACGAAUAUCUUUUUGCGUCGAUUUUCCACGUAUAUUAAUUUUAAGGAUAAAGAUCCUACCGCGACUGCUACGUCAUUACACACGUACGGAUCUUUUGUUCCGUUCACACACACAGUCAAAACCUUCCUCCACGUCAUCAACCUCUUUAUAAAUACUCCACUCGCUUACCACCAACGUAUCAUAUCAUCAAAUCUUACAGAAAUGGAAACUCCAAGUGGCACCAUCAUCUACACCACCAUUGGUCGCACUCACUACGGCUUCGACGUUUUCUCCCACCACAUCGCCUCCUCCGUCGAACGUUGUGUAACAGACGGCGUAUCCAUCAACUUCAACGCUCAGUUCACCGACAAUAACGGCCGUGAUGUCGUCUUCGUUUCCGAACGAGGCGGAACAGCCAGGAUAUUCAGAACCCGACCCGGAAAUUCAAAACCCGAGCAGCUUCCUGGAGCUCCGGAAAGCUUCUUCCACGACCGUCCAAUCAUCACUCAAAACAACACUCUCUACUUCAUCUCCGCUCACGAGAAGCCUGAUCGCCACUUCAAGAACUGGAAUGCUCUUUACUCAGUGAACAUCGACGGCCAAGAGAAAGAAGUUACACGUGUCACUCCACCAGACACCGCUGACUACAGCCCCGCGGUUUCCAAAUCAGGAAAAUAUCACGCCGUGGCCUCGUACGGAACUCGCUCCUGGGGCGGCGAGUUUCACGAGAUCAAAACUGACAUCGUCAUCUUCAAACCAUCUGAGCCGGAGACGAGAGUUUUGGUCUGCGAACGCGGCGGAUGGCCGACUUGGUCCGGCGACUCAACCGUCUUCUUCCACCGUCAAGCUGACGACGGCUGGUGGAGCAUUUACCGGUUCGAUAUACCGGAGAAUCUCAAUGUUUCUUUAAUUCCGGUCGAACCGGUCCGAGUCACUCCACCGGGUCUCCACUGCUUCACUCCCGCAGCUUUCCACGACGGGAAUCGAAUCGCCGUCGCGACUCGCCGCCGUGGUGUCACCCACCGUCACAUCGAGAUCUUCGACCUCGAACUCAAAACGUUUCAUGCGGUUACUCACUCAAGCUUCCACCAUUACAACCCCUUCGUCUCCGCAAACUCCGAGUUCCUCGGCUACCACCGAUUCCGCGGCGAGUCGACUCAGGGCGAGUCAACAGUCCCGAACCUAGAAUCCAUCGUGUCACCAAUCAAAACGCUGCGUUUACUCAGAUUAAACGGAUCUUUCCCGUCUUCAUCCCCUGACGGAGAUUUAAUCGCUUUAAACUCUGACUUCGACAUCAACGGUGGGAUCAAAGUCGCGAGAUCCGACGGUUCAAAACGUUGGACGUUAAUCAAAGACCGUACAGCGUUCUACAACUCGUGGAGCCCAACAGAGCGCCACGUCAUCUACGCAUCCCUCGGUCCGAUAUUCCGUCCCGCGAGAAUCUCGGUUCAGAUCGCUCGGAUUCAAUUCGAACCGUCGGUUCUAACCGUCGAUAGAGAUGAGGUUCCUUGCGAAGUGAAGUUUCUCACUCUCGAUAACACAGGGAACAACGCCUUCCCGUCUUGCUCUCCCGACGGAAAGUCCGUCGUGUUCCGAUCCGGAAGAUCGGGUUAUAAGAAUCUCUACAUUGUUGACGCCGUUAACGGAGAGUCCGGAGGGAUACGACGGUUAACGGAAGGGCCUUGGAUCGACACUAUGCCGUCCUGGUCACCGAAAGGAGAUCUGAUCGGAUUCUCAUCUAACCGUCACGAUCCGUCGAACGACGCCGCGUUUGGUGCUUACGUGGUGAGGCCUGACGGUUCUGGUUUGAGGAGGAUCGAGAUUUCGGGGCCUGAGGGGUCGGAGGAAGCGGCGAGGGAGAGGGUGAACCACGUGAGUUUUAAUAAGGAUGGUGAUUGGCUGGUUUUCACGGCGAAUCUCGGUGGGAUUACGGCGGAGCCGGUGGCGAUUCCGAAUCAGUUUCAGCCGUAUGGAGAUUUGUACGUUGUGAAGUUGGAUGGGACGGGGCUGAGGAGGCUGACGUGGAAUGGGUAUGAAGAUGGGACUCCGACGUGGCAUACUGUGGAUGAUUUGGAUCUGAGUGGGUUGAGUUUGAACGGUCAAGAUGGAGACAAGCUUGAAGGUCAGUUUGAGGAGCCGUUGUGGAUUACUUGUGACAUCUGAAUCUUUUUUUUAUCUACAUCUGUAUCUUUUUAUCAUAAUAAAGUCUCAUCCAUUGGAGAGACUACGUCUGUAAUAUAUUUUUCAUCGAAUAAAACAUGUUAAAUGGGUUUAAAU